AUGACCGGUCCUCAUCAUGAUCAAUCAUUUAAUUACGUAAUUAUAUUUUACUAUGAAGCUCCUUGCAUUGAGGAUGAUUUCAAGUGCCACAAUGAAUUGAUAUGUGUAAAACCGUUUCUGAUCUGCGAUGGUGUGAAUCAGUGCCGAGACUUUAGUGAUGAAUACGGCUGCACUUACGGGGCUUGUAAUGAAGGCUUUUUUCGGUGUAGUAAUGGGAGUUCUUAUGGAGCAUGCAUUGCAGAUUCAAAAGAGUGUGAUCGAGUGGUUGAUUGUUAUGACGGAGCCGAUGAAAAUGACUGUGUAUGUAAAGGUACAGAAUAUAAGUGUGUUUCAAGAGGCGGGUGCAUCGAUAAAACCAAAGUUUGCGAUGGUAAUAAUGACUGUACAGAUAAAAGUGAUGAAAAAGAUUGCGAAGUAGGCGACAAUAUAGAUGAAUGUGGGGCAGACGCAUUCCAGUGCUGGGAUGUUAACGAAUGCAUCAACCGACUAUUUCUUUGCGAUGGUUACCAGGACUGCAAAGAUGGCUCGGACGAAGAUCCAAUGGAAGUUUGCCAAGUUCCAACAACACUUGCACCAACGCCAACAAUGUAUCCUAGAGUUUGUAUCGAAGGUCAGUUCCAGUGUGAUGGUGUGACAUGCAUACCUGCCUACUGGAAAUGUGAUGGUUUUACUGAUUGUACUGAUGAAACAGAUGAAGACAAUUGCAAUGCAGCGGAAGAGGAAAGCAGUAGUCAGCCAUAUGCUGAUGACUGUCCAACAAAUGAUUUCUAUUGCGAUUACGGAUAUUGCAUACCAAUUUCUUGGGUCUGCGAUGGCGCAGUCGAUUGUGAAGACUCCACGGACGAGGAGGAUUGUUCCCCAUCGACCACACCACGUCAGCCGGUGAUUUCAGUUGUGGGCGGUGAUGCAACAAUGGUGUUACUCGCUACUACUAAAGCAUCGGUAACAACGUUGGCACCCCAGCCGGCGGCCGUCACUACCAAUCUUCCGACGACCACGCCAAUGCCAACAACUUUGAAUAUGGAUAAUUAUCGCGAGUUUUAUGGCCAACUUGUUGUGAACAAAAUAAAUGGCGUGCAUGUAUCCUAUACCACUGCAUUGGCGUUCCCCGACAGUAUCGCAUAUGUGCAGUACGAGUUAUUAUUCAAUAAUUUGUUACGCGAUGAGUAUGCGGUUCUUUCACCAUUGAUACGUGUUGAUGUCACUGGGUUCAGUUCUGGCAGUCUUGUCGUCCAUUACACUCUACUGUUGAAUAUAAGCUCUCACCUGACACAAAAAGAGAUAGCUUCUGUAUUUUCGUUUCCACCCACACAAAUCACCGCUACAGUUAGUAAUAGUGGUGUAAUAUUCGAAUAUAUACAAGUUAGCAUGGGCAUCGUAGCACUAUGUCAAGCUGGAUAUCUAUACUGCGAUGACAAUAGCAAUUGUUUACCUUCCGACUUUUGGUGUGACGGCAUAUGUGAUUGUAGCGAUGCGACAGAUGAGAAUAGCUGUGAUCAUUCUAUUGAAUGCCCCGUUUUCGUUCCAACGACUAUGCCACCAACGGAAGGAAUAUUUACGGGAACUGCUGAUCAUGCUACAACUCAUCAAACAUCUCUAAUUAUGCCAACAACCAUAUUACCAACUACAGAUGGUUUGACAACUCUGCAACCGACAACAAAAUAUCCAACAACCUUGAGAAUGACUACAGAUGGUCCAACAACCAUGAAACUGACUACAAAAGGCUUAACAACCAUGGGACAAACGACAGAAGAUCCAACGACCAUGGAACCAACUACAGAAAGUCAAACAACCAUGGGACCAACUACAGAAGGUCGGACAACCAUAGGCCCAACUAUAGAAGGUCAAACAACCAUGAGACCGACUACAAAAGUAUUAACAACCAUGGGACAAACCACAGAAGAUCCAACGACCAUGGAACCAACUACAGAACGUCAAACAACCAUGGGACCAACUACAGAAGGUCGGAAAACCAUGAGACCGACUACAAAAGUAUUAACAACCAUGGGACCAACCACAGACUUUCCGACAACUAUGACACAGUCUACAGAAAGUCAUACAACGAUGGAACCAUCUACAGAAGGUCCAACAACCAUGAGACCGACUAUAAGAACGCAUACAACCUUGGGACCGACUACAGAAGCUUCAACAACCAUAGGAUCAAUCUCUGAAAGCAUAACAACAGUGGACCCGACCACAAAAAGACUAACCACAACAUCACCAUCGACAACUGUGCCAACUACAAAAGGCUUCACAAAAAUGACAGGUUCAUCAAUAACCACAGGGAUGCCUCUACAGAACACUUCAAGACCAGUGGAAGAUAGAGUUUAUGUGGGGUCAUUUACCGCAACUGAACUGAACGAUGAACCACUCGUGUACGACACUGAACUUAACGACACAUCAUCUGAAGUAUUUCGCUUGACAAUGCAGGUGUUUUCAACUAUGUUGACAGAAGUGUAUAAUAGCACACCUGGAUUUGUGAAUGUGACAAUAGAUGGAUUCCGUGCUGGAAGCUUGAUUGUUGACUUCUUUAUACUAAUACAAACAACCAAUCCAAUAUCAACUAAGGAACAGUUGGUAAAUGCAUUCCAGGCCGUGGGCGGAAAAUUGAAAACCUCAGAUUUUACUGUAUCGUACUCUCCAGAUUCAUUGACUAUUAAAGAAAUAGAUGAGUUAAUACAUGAAGGAAGUGAAUAUGAAUCGGGAAGAGAAGGUACAGAUUUUCCGAUGUACGAAGACAGUGAAUCCCAACCAGCAGACGAAAGUUCAAAUUUACCACAGUCUAGUGAUAAUACAAAUGGAGAUUCAACAGCAGUGAAUAGCAUUUUUACUAUUACCUUUCGGAUAUCAAAUUUAAAUGGAGAGAACGUGGUGCCCACUGAAGGUUUGAAUGAUCCCAAUUCAGAAAUAUUCCAGGAAUAUUCAGGAAUAAUCACAGAGAUGCUUUACGAAAUUUACACUGGAAUACCAAGCUUCAUUAAUGCUCAAGUCAAAGGAUUCAUAGAUGAAGGUGUUACAGUGAACGGAUAUCUUGAGUUUUAUCCACAUGAACAGAUUUCGUCGAGUGAAUUGAAAAACGUGUUUAGAGAAUCAGGAGAUGGCGAUGGUUUUAUACAAACUACAUCCGGCUCCCUAGUCUAUAUGCCAAAUAGUCUUGUUGUCAAUGAAAUGGAUGAUGGAAUACAUGAAGGAAGUGAAUAUGAAUCAGAAAGAGAAGGUACAAAUUUGCCGCCGUACGAAGACAGUGAAUCUCAACCAGGAGACGAAGGUUCAAAUCUACCACAGUCUAGUGAUAAUCCAAAUAGAGAAUCAGAAAGAGAAGGUACACAUUUCCCGCCGUACGAAGACAGUGAAUCCGAAGACGAAGGUUCAAAUUUACCACAGUCUAGUGAUAAUACAAAUGGAGAUUCAACGGCAACGAAUAGCAUUUUUACUAUUACCUUUCGGAUAGUAAAUUUAAAUGGAGAGCAAGUGAUGCCCACUGAAGGAUUGAAUGAUCCCAAUUCAGAAAUAUUUCUGGAAUAUUCAGGAAUACUCACAGAAAUGUGCCAUUUAGAUCGACAUCUUUGGCAUUUACCUCUUCGAUUAUUCCUUAACAUUACCACGUUUAACUUUAGCAUUAAUGGAUCAUAUACAUGUAUUUGUACAAUUUCAAAUCUGACAUCAUAA